UCUAGGCCUUUCAAAAUCAAUAUAUUGUUUUACUUAGUGAUUCAUGCUAUUCACUUGUAUGUGGUAAAGGCUGCCUUUAUAGGCUUGACAAAUGUAUCUAAAAUGGGAUGCACUGGCUCAUUGGUCAUUUUCCCUGUAUCAGGGUAAUCUGAGUAUUUCCUACAUUCGUUACGUCAACGCUGAUAGUACAAAAAACAUUCUAUAACACAUAAUAUAUGUAUCAAUGCUACAUGACCAGGAAUGGACAUUUUUAUUAUUCACCCAAACUUGAAUACAGGAGUGAAAGUCACUAAUUACAAAUGUGUACUACUGUAAUUCAAAAUCAUUCUCAAGAACACAAGUCCCAAUUGUCCCAAUGUAUGGCUGUCUUACCACUGUCUCUCCUCCUUUGCACACUUUCUAAUCCCUCAAACACACAUGACAGCACUGCAUCACCUGCUCUUAUUGGGCAGAGCUUUAAGAAUAUGCAGAAUUAAGUUUUAAAAAUGAAUUAAACUUUGCACAGUUUCAUUUAUUAAAUAUUUUAUAUAAAAGAUUGUUAAAAGUAAUUGAGUACAUCUGUGGCCAUGUAACUAUUCUUAUCUAUAGUAAACAUUUCAGUACUCUUUCCACCACAACUUGAAUGUUAAGUCAAUACAGCAUUUUCCCCCCAAUUUCACAUAAAAUAGGUUAUGCUCACAACAAAUAAUAUGAAUCCAACCCAACAGUGGGGUUUGAUUCUUUUACUGUUUACAUUGGACCAUCCAUCUGACAUUGACAUCAUUAAAUUCUACAAUGUGAAAGCAACUUAUAUGUUAAUAUUCUUACAAUUACAGUGCAAAUGAUGAUUUUCAACGUUGCUCUUUUAGCACUAUGCUCUAUAUUUCUUAUGUUGUGUAAUCACACACACAGGAAUCACAAUGUUGUUAAGAACCAAUUUCUGUACAUUACACUGGCACUGAACCCUGCUGAUGCCCUGGGACUGAUUUUUAUUUUUGUUUAUUUAUUUUUGCCGCACGCCUCUUGUCUAUCUGCAUGAGGAAAACGGUGUCCCACAAUGAUACUUAGUGCUCUGUCUGCAGAGUUGAUAUUACAGCUGACUUCGUGUGGCACCCGCCCCACACCACACGUUUCAAUAGUGUAGUUAAGGUGAAUGGCUCCCCCAAGUGGAGCGUUGUUGGUACUUCAGUACCUAAUAAAUGGCCAUAUCCGUGUAUAGCAAUUUAGUAAAUACACCCUGUCUUCCGGGGAAAUCAUCUUCUUGGAUGUUCAAAGAUAUGUGCAGGCCUGUCUACGUUGUGGCCAGAUUAAUUUUGACAUUUUAUGUUAUCUCAAAUGGGUAGAAACAUUUCCAAAUGUUGUGCAAGUUAAAAGAUGUUCAUGUUCCUUAAUUCUUUUUUCAUAGUUGACCUGAAGUGUUUUUAUCCUUGCUAAUUAGAUAAAUAACAACAUACAUUGUGGGGAAUUUAGUUUGAUAUCCGUGAUUCAGAGUGCCGGGACGGUGCCAUGUUUAGAAUUUAUCAUUAAUGGGAUACAAACUGUGGAUAUGGGAAAGAUGAAGCCUAUUAAUCGUCUGCUCUAUGCAUUUUCUUCUGCCAAAUCCUAUUGCAUUUCAGUAAACACUUGUAUGUUCGUGUGGGUGUGCGCGCUCUGAGGCUCAUGGACGCGCACGUAGAGUCGCGUCUCCACAUUGUCCCGCCCCUUUCCUCUGUAGCCAAUCACCUGCUGCUCUGUCUCUGCUGGUUUCCGGUGUUAUGGCUGCCCUUAGAUUUGAGGGCAAUGAUGUGAUUACUACUUUAUAUACAUGUGCUUUUAGCAAAGAUGGUGAUGCAAGUUAUUCCUCUUAUUUUGUGUCGGACACUCGCUCGCAAUAUUAUUCACGGACAAAGGACUUACGUCAAGGUAUCCUCUUUUUCACUCAAGCAACUGCAGUUAUUUGACUCUCUUAAGAAAAAGCAGGAAAACAGUUGCACAGAUGAUGGGCCUGCAGGUGAAGUGAAGCCUGUGACUGUACGUUUGGCCAGUGGUCAAACUCUUGAAGCGAAAGCAGGAUGCACCACUCCUCUCAACAUUGCACAAAGAGCCCGUGUUAAAGGGGCUUUGGUCACCAAAGUGAAUGGAGAACUAUGGGAGCUUGGGCGACCAAUACAGGCUGACUGUGAACUGCAGUUCUUGGGCUUCGAGACCCCUGAAGGACGACAGGCUGCUUGGAGGACAGGGGCCUGUGUGCUUGGUGCGGUGCUCAAGUCUGAUCUCAGGGCACAGGUUUACAGAGAGGGAACAACAGAGCUGGGUCUUUUCUGUGAUCAUGUUUUGAAGGACAGUGUGCUGACUUUGUGUGACAUGGAGGAAAGAUGCUUGAAGGCGGCUGCUCAGAAACUCCCUCUCACUAGACUGGAUCUAAGUAUUGAGGAGGUCCAGGAACUUUUUCAGGAUAAUGAGUUGCGUCUUCAGCUUGUUGAGGAGCAGAUGUCUGGCCCUGUUGUCUCUGUUUACAGGUGUGGGGACAGUAUAGGAGUCUGCGAUGGUCCACUUCUUCCUCACACAGGCUACCUUAAGAUUUUCAAAAUGCUUCAGAUUUCACCUGUAACGUUGUCAAAUCAGACAGAGGUCUCAGGUUUGAUGCGUCUUUUAGGGGUAGCCUUCCCCGGGGCCAAGGAGCUGGAGGAGUGGGAAAGGGAGCAGGAAGAAGCUCGAAGGAGGGACCACAGACGAAUUGGAAAAGACCAAGAGUUGUUUUUCUUUAGCGAUGUUAGUCCAGGUAGUUGCUUUUUUCUACCUAAAGGAGCCCAUAUCUACAAUACUCUCACAGAUUUUAUUAAGAGUGAAUACCAAAAGAGGGGCUUCACUGAGGUUGUGACUCCGACUUUGUACAGCACUGCAUUAUGGGAGCGCUCUGGCCACUGGGAGCACUACAGCGAGAACAUGUUCACUGUUACAUCAGAGGGAUCCCAGACAUAUGCACUGAAACCCAUGAACUGCCCUGCACACUGCCUCAUGUUUGAGCAUCGUGUUCGGUCAUGGAGGGAGUUGCCUCUGAGGUGGGCUGAUUUCGGAGCGUUGCAUCGAAAUGAACUCUCUGGAGCUCUGGGCGGCCUGACCCGAGUGCGCCGCUUCUGCCAGGAUGACGCUCACAUCUUCUGCACCCCUGAGCAGUUGGAGGAGGAGAUCGUGGCCUGUCUGGAGUUUGUGCGCUCUGUCUAUCACGUCUUUGGCUUCACCUUCCAGUGCCUUCUGUCCACACGCCCAACACCGUGUCUGGGGGAGCCUGAGCAGUGGGACAGUGCAGAGGAGCAGCUGGAGAGGAGUCUGCAGCACUUCGGAGAGCGCUGGGAGGUGAAUCCAGGGGAUGGAGCUUUCUACGGGCCAAAGAUUGAUAUCCAGAUCAGAGAUGCCAUUGGGAGGCAACACCAGUGUGCAACAAUCCAGCUGGACUUUCAGCUGCCUAUUCGAUUUGAUCUUCAGUAUGUGGGAAAAGAUGGACAGUCACAUCGCCCAGUGAUGAUACACAGAGCUGUGCUGGGAUCCCUGGAGAGAAUGAUUGCUAUACUGGCAGAAAACUUUGGGGGAAAAUGGCCUUUGUGGUUGUCUCCUGCACAAAUUAUGGUCAUUCCAAUUGGGGGCAGUAGCGAGUCAUAUGCCAAGCAGGUGGUGGACCAGUUGAGUCGAGGCGGUUUUAUGGUUGAUAUGAAUGACGAUCCUGGGGCCACCUUAAACAAGAAGAUCCGCUCUGCUCAGCUGGCUCAGUACAACUACAUAUUUGUGGUUGGCGAGCAGGAGAGAGAGACGGGGACAGUAAAUGUUCGAAGUAGAAAAGGGAAACAGUUGGGGAGGAGGACUUUAGAGGAGGUGAUGGCAGCUCUUACGAAGCUACGAGACAUGCGGAGUAACUUGGAUGACUUUUAAAAUGUCUGGAAAUCAUGACUCACAGAGAAGAUGUUUAUGUUAUGUGUACAAGCUGUUUAUCUGUUUAUCCACCCUGAUGGGGAAUUUAUAAUAAAAUAGAUUCUGUAUA